AUGGCCAUCAGUGGGCGGCCAACUAUUUUCAUGGCCCGGGAGGACAUAUUGUCAAAAAUGAAGUUGUUGGAGGACAACCCUCUUAAAGGAGGACGGUUGGCAGCCCUAACUGGUGAAUCGUGUAAAAAGGCCAACGAAGAGCAUACAAAGUGCGGGUCGUGUGAGAAGUCGUGUGCGGACAGGGAUAAGGAGAUGAUGUGUGCGUCGGUCUGUCGUGAGGGCUGUUUCUGUAAGAAAGGGUAUGUCAGGGACGCCAACAAGGAUUGUAUUGAGCCGGAUAAGUGUCCCAAAUAA